AUAGGUACGGAGAAGGUGGGAAGCGAAACGAGGCUGUGAGGCCGGUGCGGAGAGUCUUGAUAAGAGAUUUGUACUCAUCGAACCAAUAGUCAACUCCUCCUCCUAAAUUGCACACACACACACACAUAGAGCUCAGUGAUCGCUUUGCGAAGAGCUGGAUACCUGUAAGAAAAGAACGUCUGUUUUGUAAUAACCAUUGCUGGACACGAACAAUUGUACGUUUUUACGCAUUCCUUCCUUGCGUUUGUUAUUCUGUUAUAUUCGAUCGAUAUUCGUCGGUUUUGAAAUGUUUUGCGCCAGCAUCCACAAGCAGUAUUGAAAUUCGCUGUUGUGAACUCAAGAGUGGAGGCCAGGAUACUCACCACUACAAUUCUACCGUGUUUUUAGUUGUUUUUUCUUUCUGUAUUGUCUCUUGGAAUAAUUUUUGCCUUGUCCAUUUUGGUCGUAAUGCAAGUUGAACGUUUCAGUAGUCCUUGAUCACUUUAAUUCGAUGACAGACUGAAAUUGGUGCAUUUUUGUGCAUCUUGAAAUCUGCAAGUUGAGCGCUGUUACUGGAUCCAGAGUUUACAUUGGGGUUUGCUGCCUACCAUCAUUCUUGGCUUGGAUUUUUUGACUUUCUAAAACAAUAGAUUGGAGCCAUUCACUUUAAAUGCAUGGGCUAAAUUUGCGUCUCAUGGAAGUUUUGGCCUGCAGAUCUGAGGGAGACGCUUGCAAGUGUAGCCCUCCAGUCUCCACGAUGCUCUUCCACGGGCUCCCCGGAGGCGAGAUGCAGGGGGUCAUCGACGAGAUGGACCGGAGGGUGAAGGGCGAAUCUACCGCCAUCAGUUCGGCUAUAGACAUGGGGGAAACUGAGACGAGUAUGACGUCCAUCAACAGCGACCGUGUGGCCUUGUGCGCGGGAUGCGGGGGAAAGAUAUCUGACCGCUACUACUUGCUCGCGGUGGACAAACAGUGGCACAUGCGCUGUCUCAAGUGCUGCGAGUGCAAACUAAACCUCGAGUCCGAGCUUACCUGUUUCAGUAAAGACGGCAGCAUCUAUUGCAAAGAAGAUUACUACAGCAGGAGGUUUUCCGUCCAGAGGUGCGCCCGGUGCCAUCUCGGGAUCUCCGCGUCGGAGAUGGUCAUGCGGGCGAGGGAUUUGGUCUACCACUUGAACUGUUUCACCUGUACUAGCUGCAACAAAAUGCUCACGACCGGAGAUCACUUCGGAAUGCGGGACAGUCUUGUGUACUGCCGGCUCCACUUUGAGACACUCAUACAAGGGGAAUAUCAAGCGCAUUUCAAUCACGCGGGGGAUGUAGCCUCGGGCAAAGGACUUGGCGAGAGCGGCACGGGAAACUCGCUGGGGAUGCAGUAUUACAACGGCGUCGGUACGGGGCAGAAAGGAAGGCCGAGGAAAAGGAAAAGUCCCGGGCCUGGAGCAGAUCUGGCUGCUUACAACGCAGCGUUAAGUUGUAACGAGAACGAUGGAGACCACCUGGACCGAGACUCCCACUACUCCUCCAGCUCCAAGUCCAAGCGCAUGCGCACCUCCUUCAAACACCACCAACUGAGGACCAUGAAGUCCUACUUUGCCAUCAACCACAAUCCGGAUGCCAAGGACCUGAAACAGUUGGCCCAGAAGACAGGUCUCACCAAACGGGUGCUGCAGGUUUGGUUCCAGAACGCCAGGGCCAAGUUUAGACGGAACCUACUACGUCAGGAGAGCACAGGGAUGGACAAGGUGUCGGAUGGGUCCACUCUACCAGGGGGGUCGCCUUCGGGCCCCCACUCCGAGCUCUCCAACGCCUCAAUGAGUCCUUCCAGCACCCACACCACCCUCACGGACCUGACAAGCCCCUCUAUUCCGUCGGUUAACCCUCUACUGACCGCCGUGCCGGGGGGCAUGGACCCCCACGACUCCAUGAGUAUGAGUCCUUCCCAGACCACCCUUACCAGCCUCUUCUGAUGUUACCAACACCACCCCAUCCCAUCGCAGACCACCCUUACCAGCCUAUUCUGAUGUUACCAACACCACCCCAUCACAGACCACCCUUACCAGCCUCUUCUGAUGUUACCAACACCACCCCAUCCCAUCACAGACCACCCUUACCAGCCUAUUCUGAUGUUACCAACACCACCCCAUCCCAUCACAGACCACCCUUACCAGCCUAUUCUGAUGUUACCAACACCACCCCAUCCCAUCACAGACCACCCUUACCAGCCUUUUCUGAUAUUACCUACCCCAUCCCAGACCACACUUACCAACCUCUUCUGAGGUCACCGAUCCCAUCCCAUCGCAGACCACCCUUACCAGCCUAUUCUGAUGUUACCAACACCACCCCAUCCCAUCACAGACCACCCUUACCAGCCUAUUCUGAUGUUACCAACACCACCCCAUCCCAUCACAGACCACCCUUACCAGCCUUUUCUGAUAUUACCUACCCCAUCCCAGACCACACUUACCAACCUCUUCUGAGGUCACCGAUCCCACACCACCCCACCCCUCCCUAAACCCAUCCAACACCACACCAGGUCACUCAAAGACUAAGAGACUGAAGAGAGAGACACUUAAAUACAUGAUAUUCCCCGUGGACCUCAGAUUACUGCCCCGUCUAUUUCUAGUCUUUGUAUGAGUAGCAACUAAAGCCUUACAGAGCGGUCGGCUUGAUUUCAUCAAGAGCUGAAGAUACUUUUUCUGUUUUCAUCUUUGUUUCCUUUCCACGUUGGCUGACUGAUACUACCGAGAUGUAGAUUCUCACUCCACCACCCCGACCACUCUGUUUCUAGGUCGAGAUUUUUUUUAAAUAUAUAAAAAAAUAAAAAAGACAAUGGAAAAGGACUGUGAAACUGAAAAUGUAUUUGGAAAAAACAUUGGAGAGUGUAAAAUGCAGAUACAAAGUACUGUAGCAAGGUUAUCCGGAAGACUCUAGCGUGCCUUAUAUAUUUUAUCACACUGAAGAAUCCCUGAUCGGAUAGAUGUCUGAUCUAGGUGGCAUAUUUCUUGAAAUAUUUGGUUGAAGGAUGGGUGACCCACUGACAAACCGUGUUUGCUUACAACAUGGCAAUGAAAGCAAUUCUACUUUACAAUUCACUCUGCACACAGUGAGGACUGAUCGAUGAAAUAGAAAUAGCAUUGAUGAGAAUUAGAAUGACAUUGAUAAAGUUAAUAUAAAGAUAUCAUGGUCAUUAUCUUUUAGACUCAGUCAUUGCUUGGAGUACACACCAGUAAUGGUUGGUUACAACUUUGAUAUUUUGUAACAAUAAAGUGUCGUAUGCGGAAAUGAGAUAUAAUGUAUAUUGAUAUCUGACUCGUUGCUUGAUGGAAUUGCAAUGAUACUAUUUACAGUCCCCAUUUGAAUACACAACACAAGUAGCUACAACAUAUCUAGCUAUUUUCCAGCAUCACACUGUUUGGUUUAUGAAUUGAUAGCUGUAACAUAUGGAUGAAGUUUUCAUAUUGAGAUAUUAUCGGUCUAUUUGAAUAUUGGCUCAUUCGUCACUACAUAAGAGUUUAUAUCAGUAUAGUGUACCAGAUGCACUUCUACAGUAUAUUGUACCAAAUGCACUUCUACACACACACACACACACACACACACACACACACACACACACACACACACACACACACACACACACACACACACACACACACACACACACACACACACACCGUACUUACCUCAGUCUGAAGGUCUUUCUAUGUUCUUACUGCUGAAACCCAGCACUCUGAUUUUGAUUCUCAAAGUCCCCACAAUGUAGGAUUAUAACAUAUAAGAAAUGUGCUUAGAACUGAGAUGCUUUAUGGGUACAUCUAACAAUGGCACCCCUAAUCUAAAAAAAUCUUAAAGACCACUUCUAAAUACUUAUUUGGAAUUGCCCGCACAAAACAUGGUUGAUUGAAAUUGUCCCCACAACAUUGUUCCUUGUGGGGAUCUGUCUGAAUAUUGGUUUCGGUACAGAGAAACUAAUCAGGGAUUUGUGUGGUUGGCAAAUAAACCAACUUUACCUGGGUCGUGUUCAUUCGGACACACAGUAGCAAAACGUUUUGUAAUGGAAAACGGAAAUGAGCGUUUCUUAUUAGACAAAUUCACGUAGUACCUCCUCGUUUUGGACUGUUGUUUUCCUGUUUGGUGCCUACUAGAAGCUGGUAGGACUAGGAGUGUUUCUGAUAUGGAGAAUCAAGCUGCCUUCCUUUUGACUGUGACUACCUUUACUUAUGGAUGAGGAUGGUGCUCUUACCUUCUCUUUAUCCUUGUAUGCAUGGAGAGCUGCUGUUGGGAUUCAACAUCCCUUUAACUACACAGUCUUUAGUUUGUUUGUUUGUCCUUCCAUUCUUGUACAGUUGCCCCCUUUUGAUGUACUUAAGCCUUCAGUUCUUUCAAAACAUAAAAUGGUGGACAAAACUUGA